AUGUCUCAGUUGUACACGCUGAUAGGUCAUGGAUGGCCAGAUGACAGAAACCUACUGGAUCCAGCUUUGGCCUCCUACUGGGGCUAUAGAGAUGAACUUAGCAUCAGCAAUGGGAUCAUAUGCAAAGGUUCACUUGUGAUGAUCCCAAAGAGCAUGUACAGAGAGAUGCUGGAAAAGAUACACUUGAAUCACUUUGGAGCUGAAUCAAACAUACGAAUGGCUCGAGAGGUCCUCUUUUGGCCUGGGAUGAGGAACUCUAUUCAUGAUAUGUGCAGUGCGUGUGGAACAUGUGCACAGUAUGGAAAUGAAGCACCCAGAGAACCCAUGAAGUCUUUGCCAAUACCCACCAUGUCCUGGCAAAUUAUAAGUCAAGAUUUAUUUGCCUUUGAGAAAAAGACUUACCUUGUCACAGUUUGUCACUUCUCUGACUGGAUUGAGCUUGACGAAUUGGAAGACACUCUCUCCGCUACAGUGAUAGCCAGAACAAAGGCUCAUUUCUCUCGCUAUGGGAUUCCGAGUGUGUGUCAUACAGACAAUGGACCUCAGUUCAUCAGCAAAGAAUAUGAAGACUUUGCUCAGCAGUAUCACUUCAGGCACACAACGUCUUCACCAUAUCAUCCACAAGGAAACGGAAAGGCUGAGUCAGCUGUCAAAGUGGCAAAAGCUAUGAUGAAGAAAUCUGAUGAUAAAGAACUUGCAUUCUUGAACUACAGAAAUUCUCCUCAAAAGGGACAUACCUAUUCACCUGCACAGCGCAUGAUGAAUCGUCGCACAAGGACUUUGCUGCCGACACCAAAUCAACUUCUGCAGCCCCAGGUAGUGGAUCCCGAAAUAGUUUAUAGAGAGAUCAGGGGCAAAGGAAUCUCUAGCAAGACUCAGUACGAUGGAUCGUCUGGUACAGAGCAUGAACCAAUAGAAACUGGCAGCUAUGUGUAUGCUAAACCUCCACCAAACCAGAGAGGAAAACCUUGGGCAUAUGGGCAAGUCAUCGACAAGGACAAUACAAGGUCUUAUACAAUAAAGAAGAGACUUGCUCAGUAA